CGCACUGAAGGGAGAACAAUAUGGAAGUGCGACCUGGAGUGAGAGAUUGAGAGAAAAACGCGGAGAUUUUCAGCCACAGUGAACCCCAAAGCCACACACUGACUCGUUCUCCGUAAAAUGAUUAGCUGCUGUCACACUAGGAACGCUUUCUGACUAAUGACAAUGUUGGGUAUGUACGUGCCGGACAGGUUCGUACUGAAGUCCUCCGAGGUCCAAGAUGGAAUCGGGCUGUACACCGCCAGACGGGUGAAAAAGGGCGAAAAGUUCGGUCCGUUCGCUGGGGAGAAGAGGAUGGCUGACGAACUGGAUGACAACAUGGACCCCAGACUGAUGUGGGAGGUGCGGGGCAGUAAGGGGGAGGUGCUGUACGUGCUGGAUGGCAGUAACCCUCGACACGCCAACUGGCUGCGCUUCAUCCACCAGGCCCCCUCUCAGGAGCAGAAGAACCUGGCAGCCAUCCAGGAUGGGGAAAAUAUCUUCUACCUGGCGGUUGACGACAUUGAAACUGAUACGGAGCUGCUGAUUGGCUACCUGGACAGUGACAUGGAGGAAGAGGAGGAUGAUGAGGAAGAGGAGGUUAUUAAAGAUGAAGAUGAAGACAGCAGAGAGGCCGUGCUCACUGAGAGCGAGCUGGUCGUGGUGAAGGUAGAGGAUCACCCCUGCCUCCUGUGUGAGAGCAGCUUCUCCAGUGAGGAGGUGCUGGCGGCCCAUCUGCAGUCUCUGCACCACAGCCCCAGCUCCGACCACAAGGAGUUCAAAUGCCGCAGCUGUGGGAAGAGGUUCCCUGUCCGACAGGCCCUGCAACGCCAUGUUCUGUACUGCACAGAGAAUGUGGAACCUGGCUGUGACUCCGCCCAUAUUCACCAGUGCUCCCUGUGUCACAUUAGCUUCAGCUCAGAGUCCAGCUUUGACCAGCAUAAGGAGGCCUGUAAGGGAGACGCCAGGUUCAUCUGUAAAGCAGAGAGCUGUGGAAAGAGGUUCAAGAGCAAGGAUGCUCUCAAGAAGCACAAAGGGAAUGUCCAUACAGGCAGUGGGCGGAGGAAGCCGAUGUGCUCGAUCUGCAGUAAGAAGUGUUCCUCAAUGGCCAACCUGCAGGAGCACCGCAAGAUCCACGGGGUGUUCGAUUGCCCGGACUGCGACAAGAAGUUCAUCUCCACCAAUCAGCUCAAGCGUCACAUGAUCACACAUUCAGAGAAGCGCCCGUACACCUGUGAGGUGUGCAGUCGCUCCUUUAAACGGCUGGACCAGGCCACGGCACACAGGAUCAUCCACAGCGCCUUCAAGCCCUACAAGUGCAAGCUGUGCGGGAAAGAGUUCGCACACCGCAAUGUGUACAAGAACCACAAGAAGACCCACUCCGAGGAGAGACCCUUCCAGUGUGAGGAGUGCAAAGCCCUGUUCCGCACACCUUUCUCCCUGCAGAGGCACCUGCUCAUACACAACAGUGAGAGGACCUUUAAGUGUGACCAGUGUGACGCCACCUUCAAGCGCAAGGACACGCUGAACGUGCACAUCCAGGUGGUGCACGACGGCCACAAGAAGUACAAGUGUGACCUCUGUGAGAAGGCCUUCGUCACGCCCUCCGUGCUCAAGAGUCACAAGAAGACUCACACUGGGGAGAAGGAGAAGGUGUGUCCGUACUGUGGGCAGAAGUUUGCGAGUAACGGCACUCUCAGGGUACACAUCCGCAGUCACACAGGGGAGCGGCCGUAUCAGUGCCCGUACUGUGACAAAGCCUUCAGCAAGAACGACGGCCUGAAGAUGCACAUCCGCACCCACACACGGGAAAAGCCCUAUAAAUGCUCGGAGUGUAACAAGGCCUUCAGUCAGAAGCGGGGUCUGGAUGAGCACAUGAGGACCCACACUGGAGAGAAGCCCUUCCAGUGUGACGUCUGUGAUCUGUCCUUCAGUUUGAAGAAGAUGUUGAUCCGGCACAAACUGACGCACAACCCCAACCGGCCAAUGGCAGAGUGUGGGCGGUGUCAUAAGAAGUUCACCCGCAACGACUACCUGAAGGUGCACAUGGAGAACGUGCACGGAGAGACGGACGCGUAGCUGCACCAAUCAGCAACGGGACACGUAGCUCCACCAAUCAGCAAGCGUGACGCAGUCUCUCAAAGGGGAAGAUCUCUCGGGAGAAUCUCAACUCAGGAACAGCUUUCAAAUGCAACCUGCUCCUCUCAACCACACUGGUCUCUGCUGAUCUCAGAUCACUGAUCUCUGCUGAUUUCAAAUCACUAAUCUUUGCUUAUCUGAAAUCACUGAUCUCUGCUGAUUUUAGAUCUGAUUUGUGAGAUCAGUGACCUUUCUGUGGACAGUGCUGCCCCAAGGCCUGGUUCUGAUAUACUCCACAGCACUCAGAGUGGUUUACAGAAGAGACACAACAAUGCAAUGCUGCUUCCUGUUUCAGAGUGAAGCCAUCUGCUACCCAGAGAUACCAGUGUGUGUGUGUGUGUGUGUGUGUGUGUUGGGUCCUACUUCCCAAAGAGACACCUGUGUGUGUGUGUGUGUGUGUGUGUAUGUCGAGUUCUACUACCCAAAGAGUGUGUGUGUGUGUGUGUUUGUGUCGGGUUGUACUACCCAAAGAGACACCCGUGUGUGUGUGUCAGAUUCUACUACCCGAAGAGACACCAAUGUGUGUGUGCGUGCGUCCGUGUGUGUGUGUGUGUGUGUGUGUGUCAGAUUGUACUAUGGAAAGAGAGACACCAAUGUGUGCAUGUGUGUACCUGUGUGUGUGGGUGUGUGUGUGCAUGUGUCGGUGUCAGAUUCUACUGCCCAAAGAGACACCAAUUUGUGUCAGAUUCUGCUACCCAAAGGUACGUGUGUGUGUGGGGGUGUGUGUGUGUGUGCGCGCGUAUGUGUGUGUGUGUGUGUCAGAUUCUACUACCCAAAGAGACUCCAAUUUGUGUCAGAUUCUACUACCCAAAGAGACACCAAUUUGUGUCCGAUUCUGCUACCCAAAGGUAAAUGUGUGUGCGUGUGUGUGUGUGUGCGCUUGCGUGUGCGUGCGUGUGUGUGUGUGUGUAUGCGCGUGUGUGUGUGUAUGCGCGCGCGCGUGUGUG